AGCAGUUUCACAGUUCGGGCUCUGGAGCUGACAAGGCCGAGUGUUCGGCAACUCGCGAGUCACAAGACGGCAUAAAAAGCCGACCAAUGACAGACAUGGCAGGUGGUGCGUGGUUCGAGAGUAAGUUGCCGCGAGGUUUGGCUUCGUAUUAAAGCGGCCUUCUUUCCGGUCAAUCGACACUCUGAGAAAGCCGGGGCGAGCUGCAUGCAGCCUUCUGUUACAUUCAUCAAAAUCCCUCUUCAACAAGUGCGAGGCCCGACAACUCUACGCCAACCAGGGGGUAAGAAAGAGGGCCAAAAGACCAAAAAAGGACAAGCAUCAAAAACGCAAAAACGCAAAAACGCAAAAACGCAAAAAGACUCCCUCCUCCUCCUCCCUAGCAAUGGCGGACCCAUCAACCUGCCUCCCCCUCACGCGCGAGUCGGUGCAGGCGGCGCACGAGGUCAUCAGGCCGUUCGUGCACCGGACGCCCGUGCUGACCAAUGCGACGCUGACGGCGCUGGCGUCGCGGCCGCGGGAGCUAGCGGGCACGCGAUGGGCCGAGGCGGCCGACGGAAGUGGCGGGCCCCGCGAGCCGGCCCGGCCGAGAAUGCGGCUGUGGUUCAAGUGCGAGAACAUGCAGCGCAUCGGCGCCUUCAAGGCCCGCGGCGCCUUCCACGCGCUCGAGAGGCUCAAGCUGGUGCCCGGCUGGCUCGAGGGCGAGGGGAAGAGGAACGGGUUGGUGACGGCGAGCUCUGGUAACCACGCACAGGCCAUCGCGCUCGCGGCGCGCACGGCGGGGAUCCCGGCGCACAUCGUGAUGCCGACCAUCACGCCGCGCGUCAAGAUCGAGUCGACGCGCGCGCUGGGCGCCACCGUCUACUUCAGCGGCAGCACGUCGCAGGAGCGCGAGGAGGUGGCGGCGCGUGUCGUGGCCGAGACGGGCGGCCGCUACGUACCGCCCUACGACCACCCGGACAUCAUCCUGGGCCAGGGCACGCUGGGGCUCGAGAUGCAGGAGCAGGUCGCGAGCCUCAUGGCCGGCGGAGGAGGAGGAGGAGGCGGAGGAGGAGGCGGCAGGGGUGGGGGCGGUGACUUCAUCCCCAGACCGGCGGAAACCGACGGGCCGUACCGGCGCCCGGUGGGCAAGAAGAACGCCCUGGACGCCAUCAUGGCGCCCUGCAGCGGCGGCGGCAUGCUCUCGGGCGUGGCGCUGUCGUACGAGGGCACGGGCGUGCGCGUCUUCGGCGCCGAGCCCGAGUUCGAGGGCGCCGACGACACCAAGCGGUCCUUCGAGACGGGCGUGCGCGUCACGGCCGUGAAAUCGCUGACCAUCGCCGACGGCCUGCGCGCGCCCGUCGGCGCCCUGCCGUGGUCCGUCAUGUACGAGCGCCGGCUCGUCGAGCGCAUAUACAGCGUCACCGAGGACGAGAUCCGGGCCGCGCUCCGGCUCGUGCUCGAGCGCUUCAAGCUCGUCGUCGAGCCCAGCGCCGCCGUCGGACUCGCCGUCGCGCUCUUCAACGAGGACUUCCGCGCCAUGGUCGAGCGCGAGGCCGGCCCCGACGGCUGGGACCUCGGCCUCGUGCUCAGCGGGGGCAAUAUCGAGCUGGCGUCGCUCGUGAGCCUCCUCGGCGAGGGCACGCCUGUGCCGAUUUAGGGCGGGCGGGCAGGCUGUCCUCGUUAGCUCUUUACCAUAGUCAUUUUUGCGGGGGUUGUUUCCCUCGUUUGAUAGCAUUAUAUCACAGGCACAUUAUGACCACAAGCAGC